CUACUUUUGACAUUAUCAUAUCAGAAUUUAUGUUUAUUAUUAUAACAUUCGACUGCAACGUUUACCAGUAGCCAAAACAUUGGAGAUUGCACCAUCUGCAUGGUGCCUUCUACAUUGCAGUUUAUAUCAUCACGCUGGAAUUUGUUUUGUAUCAUCUUCUUUCGUCUAUUCAAACCUUUUUCCACAAUUAUAAACAACCGAUUCUACACCCAGGAAUUGAAACGAGCAUUCGGUUAAUCUUCUAUCUUAAAUUUGCGCUUUCCUCGCCAAAACGCUGGUCUUUGGAUUAUAUUUCUCGUCACAGACAUCCGAAACAUUAUGUUUUCAAAUCGUGCAAUGACUACCUCUCUUGAGGAUUGGGACUCUUCAGUUGAAACAGAAGAAAAGAACUCGUCUUCAGGUGUCAUACCUCGAAAGCAAAUUCAUGAUGUCGUCGAUAACAUAAAGCUAUCAUUAAAGCAUGGUCGCCUUGAAGAGAGACAGAGGAGAUUGUCGGCCAUGCUUUCCUCCGAUAUUCGCUCGUCAAAACUGGAUAACAGGAUUUCCUUUAAGCCCAGUAUGGAUUCGCUUCUCACUGAAGAUGAUGACGAAAAAGCCUUGACACCAGCAGAAAUAUCUUUAAUGAGGAAAAUUUUGAGGUCACACCUGCUGAAUAGUUCUCACGAAGUGGAAGUACUAAGAAGAGAUGCUAAAUCUCCUCUGUACUCCGUAAAGUCUUUUGACCAACUGAACUUGCCCCCCGAUCUCUUGAAAGGUGUAUACGCUAUGGGUUUUAAUGCCCCAUCAAAAAUUCAAGAGACAACAUUGCCCGUUCUCAUCGCCGAUCCUCCAGUUAACCUUAUUGCUCAGUCCCAGAACGGAACUGGUAAAACAGCUGCCUUUGUUCUCGCCAGUUUGACCAGAGUUCACACGGAACUGCGUUAUCCUCAAGUGCUUAUCUUGGCGCCAACUUACGAACUGGCAAUGCAGAUCGGUGAAGUAGCUCAGAAGAUGGCACAGUUUUGCGAAGGGAUCGAAUUCAGAUAUGUUGUCAAAGGGCAGACACUGCCAAGAAAUUAUACUUUAACAGAACAUGUUUUGAUUGGGACGCCAGGGAAAGUCUUUGACUGGGGAAGACGCCAGCGCAAUUUCCAGUUCGAAAAACUGACUACUUUUAUUCUUGACGAAGCUGAUAUCAUGAUCUCUAUGCAAGGUCAUCAUGACCAGUGUCUUCGCAUCCACCGUCUUUUGUCUCCCGAAUGCCAGUGCAUUUUGUUUUCAGCCACUUACUCUCCUGAAGUAAUGGCCUUUGCAGAAAUGAUUAUUAAGGAUCCCAUGGUCUUAACAUUAAGAAAAGAGGAAGAAUCACUUGAAAAUGUGAAGCAGUACUACAUCGAGUGCAAUACUGCAAGUAAAAAAUAUGCUGCUUUGACCAAUAUUUAUGGAGUACUUUCUAUUGGGCAAGCAAUCAUAUUUUGUAGAACAAAGAAGACAGCUUCGUGGCUAGGAAGCAAGAUGUCUCAAGAUGGACAUUCUGUUGGAUAUCUGUCUAGUGAACUGAGUAUGGAUGAACGAUUAUAUGUUUUGACACGCUUCCGGGAAGGAAAGGAAAAGGUCUUAAUCACGACGAAUGUAUGUUCCCGGGGUAUCGAUAUCGAACAAGUGACUCUCGUUGUCAAUUUCGACCUGCCAGUGACGAUCAACAAGGAAGCCGAUUGCGAAACCUACCUCCAUAGGAUCGGCCGCAGUGGGCGAUUUGGAAAGCGCGGCAUCGCCAUCAACAUGGUAGAGAAAGAGGAAGAUUUGCAAAUAUUGAAAAAUAUUGAGGACCACUUCGGUCGAAAGAUAGUGAAACUAGAUGCAGAUGACGUCGAUGCAUUGGAGAACAUGGACGCUUGAAUUGCCCUUCAUUCACAUUGGUCUUAUAUUGUUGAUUUGUUGUUUCAUUCUUAGAAUUUUCAUAGAAGUAUCAUGCAUUUUAAAAAUGUUUGAUUUAAAAAAUAUAUGUCCCAUUAAUCAUUUAAGUGUUGUAAGUUACAACAAUUUUGUUUUCUUAAUAAAGUUCU